GCAUCUUCGAGCUUGCCGCUUUCUGCUCUCUGCAUUCCGCCUUCCACCCCAACCCCCUUUUCUCUGGCCGAAACCAUCAGCAAAUCCCUCGCUACCUGCACAAUCCCCGUGAAUCCAUCAGCCUUUCCGGGGCACAUGGCAGUGAUCAUUGCCAUCGACAAACCCAGAUAGCACUGCGUUCACGCCUUCCAGCGAAGCCUUCCAACACAGCACCACCGCACCAGGCCAGGAUGGGUGACUUCACAAGCUACGGAGGCUCUGACGAGGAGAAUGCUGAGAUUCGAAAGCUCAAUGCUGAGGUUGAAGCCGACCCUGACAGCUUCGAGGCUUGGGAGAAACUGGUGCGCGCAGUCGAGAGCCUCGAGGGCGGCCUCAACAGAAACUCCAGCCCCCAGUCCCUAGCCACACUGCGCGAUGCCUAUGAUCGAUUCCUCCUCAAAUUCCCUCUUCUUUUCGGGUACUGGAAGAAGUAUGCCGACCUCGAGUUCAACAUUUCGGGCCCAGAGUCGGCCGAGAUGGUCUACGAGCGGGGAUGCGCCAGCAUCACCAACUCGGUUGACCUCUGGACCGAGUACUGCUCCUUCAAGAUGGAGACCACACAUGUCGCGCACCUCGUGAGAGAACUGUUCGAGCGGGCUGCGACCUACGUGGGACUCGAUUUCCUUGCACACCCCUUCUGGGACAAGUACAUCGAGUACGAGGAGCGCCAAGAAGCCCACGACAAGAUCUAUGCGAUCCUCAAACGUGUUAUCCACAUACCCAUGCACCAGUAUGCGCGAUACUACGAGAGAUUCCGAACGCUGUCGCACUCCCGGCCGCUGGAAGAAGUGGUCGAGCCGGAGGUUCUGGCUCGUUUCCGAGCCGAGGUCGACGCCGAGGCCGCACCAUUCGGUGUGGUCAAGUCGGAGCUCGAGGUUGAACGAGACAUACGCGCGAAGAUCGAUGCCAUGUUCUACGAUGUCUUCCAGACGACUCAAUCCGAGACGACAAAGCGUUGGACGUACGAAUCGGAGAUCAAGCGGCCGUACUUCCACGUGACGGAGCUAGACCACUCCCAGCUUGCAAACUGGCGCAAGUACCUGGACUUCGAGGAGUCUGAAGGUGACCUUCCGCGGGUCACCGCGCUGUACGAGAGAUGCCUGGUCACAUGUGCCUACUACGAGGAAUUCUGGUUCCGAUAUGCCCGGUGGAUGCAGGCGCAGCCCAACAAGGACGAAGAGGUCCGCAACAUCUUCCUCCGCGCAGUCACGUUGUACGUGCCAAUCAGCAGGCCUGGCAUCCGAUUGCAAUUCGCCUACUUCGAAGAGACGUGCGGCCGUGUUGAUGUAGCUCGAGCAGUGCACGAGGCUGUCCUGAUCAAGAUACCAAACUGCGUUGAGGCAAUCAUCUCAUGGGCCAACCUACAGAGGCGGCAAAGCGGCCUCGAUGCGGCCAUUGAUGUGUACAAGGCGCAGAUUGAUUCCCCUGGGGUUGAUCUCUACACCAAGGCAGCCCUUGUCACGCAAUGGGCCCAUCUCCUGUGGAAGGUCAAGGGCUCGGUUGAGGAGGCGCGGACCGUCUUCCGCUCGAAUGUGCAGUGGUACUCUGACAGCCGGGAGUUCUGGAGCAAGUGGCUGGACUUCGAGCUCGAGCAGCCGACCAACACUGAGCUGGAAGCUGAGCACGGCAAGCGCAUCGAACACGUCAUUGACGAAAUGCGGGCGCGGAGUCGCAUGUCUGUGCCUACCAAGAAGCAGCUGUGCGGCAAGUACUUGAAUUACCUCCAGCAGCGUGGCGGCAAGGACGCCAUGAAGAAAUUCCUGCUGAUCGAUCGCGAGAUGUUCGGCCCUCUGUCGAUCUCCAAGGACAAGUUUGCGGCCAAGGACAACGGUGUUCCCCUGGGCGAGCUUGAUGAGGCUACGCAGCAAAAGGCCGAGGCUUACUGCUUCAGCUUUUACGAACUUCAUGUCGAUGCGGAUCCGAAAGCGACUGGCCUUGCUGAUUUCCACUAAGUCCGAUACCCAUUUUCGCCUUUGCAAACACCUUGAUAAUUUCCUCGGUGACCACAACAAAAAAAAGAUUACAAGAGCUUCUGCAUUCUCGGCGCUCGUCCUUGUACACUAGGGGUUGAAUUGGGGCUGAGUUGGAUGUAGGUGGGCUUUACUUGCUUGUCAAAGUAUACGGUCGGUGCACCAUGCAAUAUCCUUCUAUCCUUCUCGUCGAACAGAGAAGCGUGGCGGCUGAGGUGAGGAGGCAUGGAAUCUGUCAGACGAUCAAAUAUAAUGUACCAUGCUCCCCGGUGUUACUCGCUCUUUAUCUCGAACACGGCGCUGCACCGAACCCAGUUUGAGUUUUCAUGUCCGACUGUUGUCUAGUGUAAUGAGACAUGUCUAAUAUAAGAGAGUUGCACGCUCUCAGCCUUGAAUUUGACAUUACUAGAAACAUUCAAAAUGCGAGCUCUGGAUCACACCCGGGAUGUUGGCUCGGCAAGGCUGCGACAUGCAUUUGGCUGAGUCACUCGAAAGCUUCUUGUCAGACGGCUGGAAGGACGGGAUUUGGUCGGCGGUGCUGAGUGACGCAAGCGAUGAAAAGCUUUGCGUAAGAAUGAUUUGAAAUACCUGAGAUUAAUGGACAGAGCAAGACCUAGUGCCAGCCUGGACAAGGAGAUAUGCCAAAAUGGUAUCCUUGGCUGGAUUAAGUUCCAGAAUAUUUUAGUUGCGCAGGCUGAGGACGUCGAUUACCAAGCACUGAACCGAG